AUGCUUAGCACUUCUCAAGAAGUCAUCAAUGCUCUCGAUGUACUUGGUUGCGAACAGAGGGACAUUUGGCUAGUACAUAUCCUCGUGGGGAAAAUGGACAAGGAGUCGAGAACACUCUGGUCACAAGAGAUUUCUGCAUCAGAAAUACCUACAUUGAAAAGGUUUUUCGACUUCCUGGAAAAGAGAUAUGAUUCGCUGGAAAUGGUGGAAAAUCAAGAAAGUGACCAAAGCACUCGAAAAGCGAAUGAUAAGCCCUCAGGAAAGACCAUCGACAAAUCCACAAAGAAUACAGGGAAGAAGUCCAGCUUGGCCGUCACAGAAGUCAAGAAAUGCGCAGUGUGCUCACAGGAGGCACAUAAAUUGUUCCAAUGCACAAAAUUCGUGAACUCCACACCAGCUCAGAAGCUGGAGAUUUUGCGGAAGGCCAACAUUUGUACCAACUGCAUCAGGGGUACUCAUUCGGUCGAAACAUGUACAUCAUCAAGCUGCAGGCGAUGCAAUUUGCGCCACAAUACACUUCUCCAUGAAGCAUUUGUGCCAAACACUGCAGCUACGGAUCACAGUGGAAGCUCAGCAUCUCCCACUCCCUCUGCACCAGCAGGUUCUCCAGCAUCAGCUACGGAAGCACCAUCAGCUCCUGGCACUGGAGUAAAUCCACCACAGACAUCAGCUGUAGCUCAGUCCGCAGCAGUCUCAACAUCACUCUUCAGUCACCCAGCAGUGACACAUCACUCCGUGCUCCCAACUGUCAGUCUCUAUCUUAUCGACAAUCAGGGCAAGAGGCACAAAUGUAGAGCACUCCUGGACUCUUGCAGCCAGCCAAAUUUCAUCACAAGGAGGCUGGUCGAGAAAUCAGGAAUACCCACUUACAUCAAAUCAGAUAAAACCAUCGCGGGAAUUGGUGUCCAGACCACAGAGAUCACUCAAGCGAUUCUGGCUACUAUCAAUUCCACAGACCACACAUUCGCUACAAGGAAUGAAUUUCUCGUGAUGGACAAGAUCACAGACAAUCAACCAAUCAUGUCUCUUACUGGUCAAUUGAACAUUCCAGAAAAUAUUCUUCUUGCAGACCCAGAAUUCUCAAAAUCUCAAAAGAUUGACAUGCUUCUUGGUGUCGAUAUUUUCGUCAAGGCAAUCCGUCCAGGCAAAAUUGUGGGCAAUCCCACACUCUUUGAAACAGCCUUUGGAUAUGUGGUAGCUGGGCACUGUAAGACUCACACUGGGAUUCCUGAGUCCAGUUGUCUCUGUGUGACACAACUAUCUUCAGAUACAUUGACAGAGUUGGUGGAAAAAUUCUGGAAGCUCGAGGAGCCAGGGGGCAUGGACACACCUCUCAAAGAGGAAGAAGUGGCAUGUGAAGAUCACUUCACCAAACAUGUCACUAGAGAUCAGACAGGACGAUACAUCGUCAGGCUUCCCACCAGGGAAAACCUCAAUCAACUCGGAGAGUCUCGGGAUAUGGCUAUGAGGAGAUUUCUUUGCAUGGAAAGACGUCUCCUGAAGGAUGCAAACAUUCGUGAGCAAUGUCUGGAUUUUCUGAGACAAUAUGAGGAGCUUGGACACAUGAGGAAAUUACCACAAGACUACAAGUCAGAUAAGCCGGAAGUUUAUUUGCCGCAUCAUCCGGUGGUAAAACUUUCUUCAUCAACUACUCCGGUUCGUGUAGUAUUUGACGCUUCUGCCAAAACUGCGACUGGCUUGUCUCUCAACGAUGUCUUGAUGGUUGGACCACAAAUCCAGGACAACAUCCUCCACAUUCUCCUCAGAUUCAGGCAACACUCUGUGGCCAUCAAGGCUGAUAUUCGCAAAAUGUUCCGCCAAGUGCGUGUGGCAGAAGACGACCAAAAUCUUCUGAGGAUACUUCAUCGGGAUUCACCACAGAGUCCAAUCCAAACCUAUUUGUUGUCGACUGUUACGUAUGGUACUUCAUCUGCAAGUUUUUUGAGCACCAGUUGCAUCCAGCAACUUGCCCAUGACGAAGGAGAUUCUUUCCCACUUGCCAAACAGGCUGCUCUGAGGGAUUUCUAUGUAGAUGAUUUUUUGUCAGGAGAAUCUACUAUCACAGCAGCACAAGAGCUUCAACAACAAAUGAGAGACCUUAUGGCAAGGGGUGGAUUCCACUUGACAAAAUGGAUGUCGAGUAAUGCUGCAGCUCUCACCGACAUUCCUCAAGAGGAUUGUGAAAUGAAUCUUCAUGACAACUUGGGAGCAGAUGAAAAUACGACCACAGCUCUGGGCAUGGUAUGGAACACAUCACCAGAUUUAUUCACAUACAGAUCAUCAUUUCACACUGACAAAGUGACCAAGCGCAGCAUUUUGUCAGAAUCAUCAAAAACAUUUGAUCCACUAGGGUUUGUCACUCCAGUCGUAAUCAGAGCAAAAAUCCUGGUACGCACCAUCUGGAUUAAAGAAGCGGAUUGGGAUGACGAUCUGACAGACGACACCGAGAUUUCCAAUACCUGGUAUGAUUAUCAACAAUCACUCAAUGAUGUCAAUCUCAUCAAAGUACCGAGAAGAAUGACAGUGCUGCAGUCUCCAGUGGAGCACCACCUUCUUGUCUUUUGCGAUGCCUCUCAAAAAGCAUAUGCUGCAUGCAUAUAUAUCAAGACAAUUGACAAGGACGGAAACACAGACUGCAAUCUACUGUUCGCAAAAUCCAAAGUCGCACCACGCAAAACACAAACACUUCCGCGAUUAGAACUUCUUGGAGCAAUUCUGGGAAUGCAAGUGCUCACGACAGUUGAGAAGUCUCUCACCAUCAAGAUAGAUUCAGUCAGUGCCUACACAGAUUCAACAAUUGUUUUGCACUGGCUGGCAAAGGAACCACAGAGAUGGCAGACUUUCGUGGCCAAUCGCGUUGCAGAAAUCCAGAAGAAACUUCCGAGGAAAUUCUGGCAUCACAUUCCAUCACAACAUAACCCUGCUGACGUUGCAUCUCGUGGUACAACUCCCAAAGAUCUCGCAGAAAACUCGCUGUGGUGGAAAGGCCCACAUCCAGAGGUACUUGAACAGCUUCAGGACAAAAAUCUGGAAACCUCCAUUGAUCCAACAGACAAGCUGCUGGAGCAGCGAGCAACGUGUGCUGUCAGCCUCGGGCAACACUCUACAUCGUCUAGAAACUCCGAGACUGUUGCCACUGACCAGGAUUUUUGGGUAAUUCUUCAGCGAUUCUCUAGCUACAACCAGAUGCUCAGACACAUCGCGAUUUGGAGAAGAUAUCUACAUAACCUCAAAGCCAAAGUAAACAAAACACCUUUGGACUUUUCCCUUUUGUCUGUGAGAGAGGUUAUGGACACAGAAAGUCACAUGAUUCGACACAUCCAGCAAGACUACUUCCCAGACGAGUUCAGGGCUCUCCAGAGAGGAGAGCAGAUCCCGAAGAAUUCCCGUCUCAAGUGUCUCACUCCCUUUCUUGACGAUUCAAAUCUAAUGAGAGUAGGGAGAAGACUCCAAGCAUCAAAUCUGGACAUGGAGCAGAAACAUCCUAUGCUCUUCCCGGCCAAGCAUCAUGUUUCCCGGCUCAUAGCUGACAAGAUACACACGUACACAUGCCACGGAGGACCACAGAUGAUUCUUGCUACGAUGAGACAAAAAUUUUGGCCUUUGCGGGGCGAGACCAAAGCAGCAAUCAAAAGGCGUCUCAACUGCUUCCGGAACAAUCCAAAAGCUGCCCACCAGCUCAUGGGCAACUUACCUCCAGCCAGAGUUUUGGACGGUCGACCAUUCCAGAGAGUUGGUGUAGACUAUUGUGGGCCAUUCCACAUCCGGCUGCCGAUUCGAGGAGGACGCUCGAGCCAUACAUCUGGAACUGGUGUCUGA